AUGAUCGCGUACAGCAAGCUCGCGGAGCUCGACGAGAACAAGAGAAAGCGCGAUCCGGAAUCGUCUGGCGACGAGCAGCAUGCCAACAGACGCUUCAACCUAGACCCAUUUCGAACCGACCCGAAUGGGUUGAAACAUGUGCACACCGGCACCCAGUUCCAAACCACCAGCGUCGAUCCCACCGCCCAAGACCUCGACAAUGGCGUCCGACGUCCCGACUACGAGAGGCAGUCGGCGUACUUCUUACCAAAGCGAACUGCCACCAACUCGAGCCUGACGUCUUCCGGACACGAAGCUGCUGCAAGAUUCGAGCUGGCGGCCGAUUGGUACAUCUGCCUGCACAAAGAUUGCGAAUCCAAACCUGCAUGGUUCGAGACUUUGCAAGCGUUCUAUGACCACGAUACACAGCGCCAUGACCAACCGCGGAAAAUCGUCAACCCUGUGACACCGCAUCGCCAUGAAACUGGUUGCGAGCACCCUCCCGAGCACUCCGAGACCGGCAAUGGCCCAGACAACUGCGAAAGCCAAGCGCUGCUCGAAAGUACUGCCUCUCCGGCGGAGGAUGCAAAGCUCAUACAUUUGACUCGGCGGCUCUUCAAGGUGGACUGGCAAGAGCUAGAAGUAGAUGGGGAGACCGCCAUAGUGUGGUGGUGCGCAGAAGAUUGUCGUGGGUCCAAGAAAGGAUAUUUCGAAAGCGAGCCCGCCGCUCGCAAACACCAGCGGUGCCACAUCUCCGAGGAUCUGCUUCCUCGCCGAUGCGAUCUGGUAAUCGAUGGCCAAGUCUGUGGCCGGCGCUUCCUAUACAAGUCUGCGCUUGCAGAACACCAGAAGAGAUGGCAUCUAGGGAUCCUGUACCACUGCCACCAUUGCAAGAAGUAUUCAUCAAACAGGUUCGACAACCUGAGGAGGCAUUAUGGGUCUUGUACUCGGAGCAGGAUCAUACCAGAUAUAGAGGAGGCGCUGGUCGAGCCAGAGGGCUUUCAGGCGCCAGCGCCGAAAGCGAGACGCCAACGCCAACCAGGCACGUCGGCACGCACUCCGGCUAGGCACCGACCAGCGCAGGCACCACUGGCCACCUCCACCACACCUACGCCACAGCCGCAGAUGCGAGAGCCUCCACUGCCGGCAGGACAUCAGGCGAUCAAUAUGCCGCCGGCACCUACCGCUGUGCCAGCCUGGAGGUCAAACAGAUUCGACUCCAUGUCGCCCGUAUCGCGGCAGGCGCAACCAACAGACCUCGUCAUCAAUCCGGCAUUGCUGCAGCCAUCGGCCUUCCCUCCACCACCAGUUCCUGUUCCACGCUCGCCGCUUGCGCACACGCGAUUGCCGGUCUACCACGACUCGGCGGAGGCAUGGGCCGGAUCAUCUGCCAGCCAUAACAACCACACGUACUCCUCGUCGUCGCAAUCACGUGCACCAAGUGAAGGCUUUUCCAGCGCUCCUCGGUCCCGAAGGUCGACCAAAGCCACCUCCGUCUCGAGCUACAGGACUGCCGACCGCUCCUACAGCGACGCUGUCCAGAAUCUCCCUUGGAAGCUCGCAUUGCGGCCUAGACCAGUGGACCGCGAAUUCAGUGGCUUCGGCAAGGCGGCUCCAGCGUGA